AUGAGUGAGAUCAAAAGAAGUAGCGAAAGGAGUGUACGGACCAGACCCACGCCAGACGAACUCAGUGAGCACUUGGAUGAGGUGCUGGGAAUAUCUAAUUUUGAAGAGGGCCUGAAACUUGUUGGCGCUGUGAUUGCCCAGAAACUACCAAACAAUGGGGCAAUAAAGAGCAUUCUGAAAGCAGCCUGGAAAGAGUAUGGGGAAGCUAAGAUAGUAUGGGUUAGGGAGAACCUUUUCUCCAUAACGAGAUGGCCUCCAAAUCUUGCCAUCGAGGAAGUUGAGGUGAACAUCAUUUCGCACUGGAUCCAUAUCCGUGGAAUCCGGUUGAACCUAUGCCACGAGGAGAAUGUGAUUAAAUUGGGGCGCAAAGCUGGGAAGGCGAUUGAUUUCGAAGACCCAGGAAAGCAGAGAGGUUUCCUACGAAUUAGAAUUGGGGUAGAUACCAACUUGCCACUUCUUGCCAGUUUCUAG